UUCUCUCAUCUCGGGGAGAAGUACCCAGAUCAAAUCGUGGUAGAUGUUGCAGCAGACAUGAGUUUUGGAAAGAGAUUUUUCCUCCUUUCACUCUUUCUGGGAAUUGUCCUCACUCGGUUCAGCCUCUGCAACCAAGUUGUGCUGUUGGAUACGACGUCUGUGCUCGGGGAGCUGGGAUGGAAGACGUAUCCAAUAAAUGGGUGGGACGCCAUCACGGAGAUGGACGAGCACAACCGGCCCAUCCACACGUUCCAGGUCUGCAACGUGAUGGAGCCCAACCAGAACAACUGGCUCCGCUCCAACUGGAUCUCCCGCCAGGCGGCGCAGAAGAUCUACGUCGAGCUGCGGUUCACUCUGCGGGACUGCAACUCCAUCCCCUGGGUGUCCGGCACGUGCAAGGAGACCUUCAACCUCUUCUACCACGAGACGGACGAGACGCACGGCGUCAAGUUCAAGCCCGCGCAGUACACCAAGAUCGACACCAUAGCGGCGGACGAGAGCUUCACGCAGAUGGAUCUCGGAGAUCGCAUCCUCAAGCUCAACACCGAGGUGCGCGAGGUGGGACCCAUGACCAAGAAGGGCUUCUACCUGGCGUUCCAGGACAUCGGCGCCUGCAUCGCGCUGGUCUCGGUGAGGGUUUACUAUAAGAAGUGUCCGUUCACGCUGAGGAACCUGGCCUCGUUCCCGGACACGGUGCCUCGUGUGGACUCCUCGUCGCUGGUGGAGGUGCGAGGGGCUUGUAUCGACCAUGCCGAAGAGAGAGACACGCCCAAACUGUUCUGUGGAGCCGAUGGAGACUGGCUGGUUCCCCUGGGACGGUGUGUGUGCAGCGUGGGCUACGAGGAGAUCGAUGGCUCGUGUGUUGCGUGCCACCCAGGCUUCUACAAGGCGUAUGCUGGAAACAUCAAGUGCUCAAAGUGCCCUCCACACAGUUUUAGCUUCGGAGAAGGAGCUGCCAUCUGUCGCUGUGAGAAGAGCUUCUUCAGAGCCGAGAAAGACCCUCCGACGAUGGCGUGCACACGCCCUCCCUCUCCUCCCCGCAAUCUGAUGUUCAACCUGAACGACACUUGCCUGCUGCUGGAGUGGUCGCCGCCCAGCGACACUGGCGGCCGCCGCGACCUCACCUACAACGUCCUGUGCAAGCGCUGCGGCCCCGGCCCCGGCCACCAGUGCCAGCUCUGCGAGGAGGACCUCCGCUUCCUGCCGCGGCCGCAGGGCCUCACCAACGCCACCGUCACCGUCACGGACUUCUCCGCUCACGCCAACUACACCUUCGAGAUCGAGUCGCUGAACGGCGUGUCGGCGUUGAGCGCGUUCCCCCGCCAGGUGGCCAUCAUCACCGUCAGCACCGAUCAGGGCGGUCCUUCUCUGGUGGGAGCUUUAAAGAAGGACUGGGCCUCCCCCAACAGCAUCGCUCUGUCCUGGCAGCAGCCCGAGCAGACCGUUCUUCCUGUCCUCGACUAUGAGAUAAAAUAUUAUGAGAAGGAGCACGAGCAGCUGAGCUACUCAUCGACACGCACCAAAGCUCCCAGCGUAAUUGUCUCAGGUUUAAAACCAGCAACCUGGUACGUCUUCAGCGUGCGGACCCGCUCGCCGACUGGGUACAGCUCCUACUCCCCGAAAUACGAAUAUGAAACUACAGGAGACUCAUCAGACAUCGCCUCUGAUCAAGGCCAAGUGUUAGUCAUCGUCACUGCAGCGGUUGGUGGCUUCACCCUGCUCGUCAUCCUCACCCUCUUCCUCCUCAUCACUGGAAGGUGUCAGUGGUACUUCAAGGCCAAGAUGACUUCAGAGGACAAAAGGAGAGCGAAUUAUCAGAAUGGACACGUCCCCUUUCCGGGCAUAAAGACGUACGUGGAUCCUGAUACGUAUGAGGAUCCUACCCAGGCCGUCCACGAGUUCACCAAGGAAAUCGACCCGGCCAGGAUUCGCAUUGAGAGGGUGAUCGGAGCUGGUGAAUUUGGUGAGGUUUGCAGUGGCCGCCUGAGAACGCCGGGGAAGAAGGAGAUCGCCGUCGCGAUAAAGACUCUGAAAGGAGGCUACGUGGAGCGCCAGAGGAGGGACUUCCUGCGCGAGGCGUCCAUCAUGGGCCAGUUUGACCAUCCGAACAUCAUACGGCUGGAAGGCGUGGUGACAAAAAGCAGGCCGGUGAUGAUCGUGGUGGAGUACAUGGAAAAUGGAUCACUGGAUUCAUUUCUGAGGCAACAUGACGGUCACUUCACCGUCAUCCAGCUGGUCGGCAUGCUGCGCGGCAUCGCCUCGGGCAUGAAGUAUCUGUCGGACAUGGGCUACGUUCACCGAGACCUGGCAGCGAGAAACAUCCUGGUCAACAGCAAUCUGGUGUGCAAAGUGUCGGACUUUGGCCUGUCCCGAGUCCUGGAGGACGACCCGGAGGCUGCUUACACCACGACGGGCGGGAAGAUCCCGAUCAGGUGGACAGCUCCUGAAGCCAUCUCAUACAGGAAGUUCUCCUCAGCCAGCGACGCGUGGAGCUACGGCAUCGUCAUGUGGGAAGUCAUGUCAUACGGAGAAAGACCGUACUGGGAGAUGUCCAAUCAGGACGUGAUUCUGUCCAUUGAGGAAGGUUACCGGCUGCCCGCCCCCAUGGGCUGCCCCAUGGCUCUCCACCAACUGAUGCUGCAUUGUUGGCAGAAGGAGAGGAACCAUCGGCCCAAAUUCACAGAUGUGGUUACCUUCCUGGAUAAACUAAUCCGCAACCCCAGCAGCCUCCUGCCGCUGGUAGAAGACAUUCAGAGUUUACCAGAGUCUCCGUCUCCGGGGGAGGAAAUGGACUACCCUAUGUUCAUUUCUGUUGGCGACUGGCUGGACUCCAUCAAGAUGAGUCAGUACAAGAGCAAUUUCAUGGCAGCAGGCUACAACACAUUGGAUUCUGUGGCGAGGAUGAGUAUUGAAGAUGUGAGGCGUAUCGGCGUGGAGCUGAUUGGCCACCAGAGGCGGAUCGUCAGCAGCGUACAGACCCUCCACCUUCAGCUACUGCACGAACAGGAGAAGGGUUUCCAUGUAUGAGGACAACCUUUCACACGACCUGGGAUGGACGGACUGACGCAGCAGACGGGAGCGAAGUCUAGACCGCGCCACAGACAGUCUACAGCCUG